UUGAAACCCUUUAUUCUGCAGGUUAUGGCUGUAAACAAGGGUUAAACCAGGAGAUGGCGACAACGCAACGGUAUAUGUUUAAACGUCAGACAGAACCGGCGAAGAAGAUAGGAGACCUCUGAGCUCCACAUGUUUUCCGGUUAAUACCAGUUUAUCCUGCUUCUUCUACCAUGUCGUCCUCGGGGAGCUCCACAGACCUGGGCCGGGCCCUCUGCAUUAUCACCGGGGCCUCCAGAGGCUUCGGCCGGGCUGUGGCGCUGCAAAUGUCCCGGGUGGUGAAGCCGGGCUCGGCGCUCGUGCUGACCGCCCGCUCCGCUGACGACCUCCGGGCUCUGCAGGAGGAGCUGACCACCUCAGAGGCAGGCAGAGCCGGCCUGAAGGCUGUGAGUGUACCCGCCGAUCUGGGACAGAAGGGGGUACAAGAGAGAGUGCUGAAGGAGGCUGGAGAGGCUUUUAACGAAGACAUGGAUCACGUGAUCCUCAUUAACAACGCAGGCUCUCUUGGUGACAUUUCCCGCUUCACUAAAGACUUCACCAACAUGGCCGAAGUUGACUCAUACAUGUCUUUCAAUGUCGGCUCCUUCCUCUGCCUCAAUGCCAGCUUCCUGCAGCGUUUCCCUCAGCGUCCUGGUCUGAAGAGGACCGUGGUGAACGUGUCUUCGCUCUGCGCCCUGCAGCCAUUCUCCUCCUGGGUGCUGUACUGCAGUGGGAAGGCCGCCAGACUGAUGAUGAUGAGGGUGCUGGCUCAGGAGGAGCCGGACCUACGGGUGCUCAACUACUCUCCAGGCCCUCUUGACACAGGGAUGCAGGAAGCGGCUCGGACGACCACCGGUGACGAGGUUCUGAGGAAAGCAUUUUCUGACAUGUUCUCUGAGGGGAAACUGCUCACCUGUGAGGAGUCGUGUGCUAAGAUGAUGAAGCUGCUGCUGGAGGAUAAAUACACGUCAGGAGAGCAGAUCGAUGUCUAUGACUUGUAGGGCGAGUUAGUCCCAUCAAAGACAUGUCUGUGCCUUUGCUUUAAAUCAGAACGUCUCCAGGGAGCUGUUACUGCCAGUGAUAGAUGUCACAUUUAUCCUUAAUUAUCAUCAAAAUGUUUGGUUACAUGAUCAGUCAACAUUUCAUUUACUUGUUGAUCAUGAUGUACUCUUUAUCCGUUAAGCCUUCUGUGAUUUAUCAAACUGUGGUGAAGUCUGAAGAUGUGCCUUACUUGUGAUUCCUGUGAUUAUAUAGAACUGUUAUUGUGCUGCUCUCUUUUCCCUAAGGAUUAGUAAUGGUCAGUAUUUAAAGGCAUCUUUAAUGAUGUACUUGGGCAUUAGAAAUAUUGAGCACUUGUUUAUUUUCCAAUCAAAAAUACAACUCUAACAUUCCUUUAUGCAUGACUUUAUUUUUAUCUAUUUGACAGGAAAUCAAAGCUUUAUAAAAUUAUUAUCUCAGGCUAUUUUUAUAGUAAAUUUGCCUUUUUUCUUGGAUAAAACACAACUAUGUAGCAACUUAGAAUGUAGUCCUUAAUGUUUACAAAUACAAUUUAAUUGUUUUAUUCCUGAAAAUGUUUUUAUUUAUAAUUAAAGCAAAUAAAAAAAUGAA